AAAGACGGCUACGGCGUCGUUCUCUCCGCCGUCAAAGGCCAAGGAACCUUCAUCCGCAGCAUGACCGCCCACGGUCUGGGAACCGAUAUCCGCCACGUAGACCUAACCACUCUGCCCCCGAAAAAACCUUCUGAGCUCAACUUUGUCGAAGCAACACUAGGCAAAACAUCGCUCUCGCAACCCGAACACGAAGCUGUUGCAACCUCGCUCGGCGCCAGCUGGCCAGGAACCGUCAUCUGGUCCCAGCAGAUGAAGUACGUAGCUCUCACCCUCGGCGCAACAGACGUCAUGGUGCGCAUCCCAAAGACGCUCGACCGCUUCACCUACGUCUGGGAUCACGCCGGCGGCCACCUGCUGUACCAGGAGGCUGGCGGUGUGAUUAGCGACUUCAACGGCGAGCAAAUCGACUUUUCACAGGGCAGGAAAAUCACCGGCGAGCGCAACUGGGGCAUGGUGGCUUGUUUGCCGGGCUACUUUGAAGAGGUGGGUAAGAGCGUCAAGGAGGUACUGAAGAAGAGGGAUAGUUGAGGGGGGGCUGGUGGUGAUCUGAUGAUCUGAUGAUCUGAUGCGGUGUGUGUGUGUGUGUGUGGGGUGGUGGUGGUGUUGGCCGUGCGUGUGUGCGUCUAUGUCUAGUAUGGGAACAUAAGAAAAAUGUGACGUUGCCCA